CUCGGAGCGAUCCCUCGUGUACUGGAGGAAACGGGGUGUCCACACUGGAGGUGUGCAAGGGUGUUCCUGCUUUGGUUGGUUAACCUGGGAAUGAGCUUCCAAAAAAACCAUGUGAGGGACGUUGCCGGGGCUCAGGACACGCAAGGGGAACACGGAGUUUGCCUUUCCCAGGAUGGAUCAGAGGAGGAACUGGCCUCGGGCACUGGACUCUGAUGGCUGGUCAGUGGCUUUGCUCUGUCUCUUCCUGGCAUCGCUCUCCCGAAACGUGUCCAGCAAUGCCUUGUUCAGCACUUUCCACUCCGAGAACCGGGACUGGACGUUCAACCACCUGACUGUGCACCAAGGCACUGGCGCAGUCUACGUUGGGGCUAUCAACAGGGUUUACAAGCUCUCGGGUAACCUGACCAUUUUGGUGGCUCACAAAACCGGUCCCGAGGAGGACAACAAAUCCUGCUACCCACCCCUCAUCGUCCAGCCGUGCAGCGAGAUCCUCACCCUCACCAACAACGUCAACAAGCUGCUCAUCAUCGACUACUCGGAGAACCGGCUGCUGGCCUGUGGCAGCCUCUACCAGGGGGUCUGCAAGCUGCUGCGCCUCGACGACCUCUUCAUCCUGGUGGAGCCCUCCCACAAGAAGGAGCACUACCUCUCCAGCGUCAACAAGACGGGCACCAUGUACGGCGUGAUCGUGCGCUCGGAGGGCGAGGACGGGAAGCUCUUCAUCGGCACGGCCGUGGAUGGGAAGCAGGAUUAUUUCCCCACCCUCUCCAGCCGCAAGCUGCCCCGGGACCCGGAGUCGUCGGCGAUGCUGGAUUAUGAGCUCCACAGCGACUUUGUCUCGUCCCUCAUCAAAAUCCCCUCAGACACCCUGGCCCUCGUUUCGCACUUUGACAUCUUCUACAUCUACGGCUUCGCCAGCGGCAACUUUGUGUAUUUUCUGACUGUGCAGCCGGAGACCCCCGAGGGUGUCUCCAUCAACUCCGCCAGCGACCUCUUUUACACCUCCCGCAUCGUCCGGCUCUGCAAGGACGACCCCAAGUUCCACUCCUACGUGUCUCUGCCCUUCGGCUGCGUCAAGGGGGACACGGAGUACCGCCUGCUGCAGGCAGCGUACCUCUCCAAGCCAGGGGACGUGCUGGCCAGGUCCCUCAACAUCACUGCCCAGGAGGACGUCCUCUUUGCCAUCUUCUCCAAGGGGCAGAAGCAGUACCACCAGCCGCCCGACGACUCCGCGCUCUGCGUCUUCCCCAUCCGUGCAGUCAACGCCCAGAUCAAGGACCGCCUGCAGUCCUGCUACCAGGGGGAGGGCAACCUGGAGCUCAACUGGCUGCUGGGGAAGGAUGUCCAGUGCACUAAAGCGCCAGUCCCCAUCGAUGACAACUUCUGUGGGCUCGACAUCAACCAGCCCCUGGGGGGCUCGACGCCGGUGGACGGGGUGACGCUCUUCACCUCCAGCCGCGACAGGAUGACGUCUGUGGCCUCCUACGUCUACAACGGCUACAGCGUGGUGUUCGUGGGCACCAAGAGUGGCAAGCUGAAGAAGAUCCGAGCAGAUGGUCCUCCCCAUGGUGGAAUUCAGUAUGAAGUGGUGACAGUUUUCAAGGACGGGAGCCCAGUCCUUCGAGACAUGGCCUUCUCCAUCGACCAGAAGUACCUGUACGUCAUGUCAGAGCGCCAGGUGUCCCGGGUGCCCGUGGAGUCCUGUGAGCAGUACACGACCUGCGGGGAGUGCCUGAGCUCGGGGGACCCCCACUGUGGCUGGUGCUCCCUCCACCACAUGUGCUCCCCGAGGGACAGCUGUGAGCGAGCCCACGAGCCCUUCCGCUUCGCAGGCAGCAUCAGCCAGUGCAUGAUGGUCACGGUGCAGCCCAGCAGCAUCUCCGUGUCCGAGCACAGCCUCCCGCUCAGCCUGCUGGUGAGUGAUGCUCCAGACCUGACAGCCGGGGUCACCUGCCUCUUCGGGAACCUGACGGAGGUGGAAGGGCAGGUUUCGGGCAGCCAGGUGGUGUGUGUGUCACCACCAGCCAAAGAUGUUCCUGCCAUCCCCGUGGAUCAAGACUGGUUCGGGGUCGUGCUCCAGCUGAGGUCGCAGGAGACGGGGAGGACGUUCGUCAGCACCGAGUUCAAGUUCUACAACUGCAGCGCCCACCAGCUGUGCCUGUCCUGUGUGAACAGCGCCUUCCGCUGCCACUGGUGCAAGUACAGGAACCUCUGCACCCACGACCCCACCACGUGCUCCUUCCAGGAGGGGAGGAUCAACAUCUCUGAGGACUGUCCCCAGCUCUUCCCCACGGAGGAGAUCCUGAUCCCGGUGGGAGAGGUGAAACCCAUCACGCUGAAGGCGAGAAACCUUCCCCAGCCGCAGUCGGGGCAGCGCGGGUACGAGUGUGUGCUCAGCAUCCAGGGCGUCAUCCACCGCGUGCCCGCCCUGCGCUUCAACAGCUCCAGCGUCCAGUGCCAGAACAGCUCGUACCUCUAUGAUGGGAUGGACAUCAGCAACUUAGCCGUGGACUUUGCCGUGGUUUGGAAUGGGAACUUUGUUAUUGACAACCCGGAGGAUCUGAAAGUGCACCUGUACAAGUGCGCGGCCCAGCGCGAGAGCUGCGGGCUCUGCCUCAAGGCCGACCCCAAAUUCGAGUGUGGCUGGUGCAGUGGGGAGGGCAAGUGCACCCUGAGGCCCCACUGCAGCUCCCCCUCGGCCCAGCCCUGGCUCGACUGGUCCAGCCGCAACGUCAAGUGCUCCAACCCCCGGAUCACCGAGAUCCUCACGGUGUCGGGCCCACCAGAAGGAGGGACGAGGGUGACCAUCCGUGGAGUGAACCUGGGCCUGGACUUCUCGGAGAUCGCGCACGGGGUGCAGGUGGCCGGGGUGCCCUGCACGCCCCUGCCUGAGCACUACAUCGUGGCAGAGCAGAUCGUCUGUGAAAUGGGGCAGGCGCUUCCAGGGAUCAGCUCCGGCCCAGUGCUCCUGUGCAUCGGAGAGUGCAAGCCGGAGUUCACGGCCAAGUCGGCGCAGCAGUACGUGUUUGUGACUCCAGUGGUGAGUUUCCUGAAUCCCAGCCGUGGGCCAGAGUCGGGAGGGACGAUGGUGACCAUCUCUGGGCACCACCUGGGAGCUGGCAGCCGUGUGUCCGUGCUCCUGGGAAACCAGACCUGCGAGUUCUACGGGCGAUCCACGAGCGAGAUAGUCUGUGUGUCAGCCCCAUCAGCCCACGGCCUGGGGGCUGUUCAGGUCUCUGUCAGCGUGGACAGGGCUCAGCUGGAGAGGACCUUGCAGUUUGAGUACAUUGAUGAUCCCAAGGUGCAGCACAUCGAGCCCGAGUGGAGCAUCGCCAGCGGGCACACGCCCCUGACUGUCACUGGCUCCAACCUGGACGUGAUCCAGGAGCCGAGGAUCCGCGUCAAGUACAAUGGGAAGGAGUUUGUCAAUGUGUGCAAGGUGGUGAACUCCACGGUGCUGCUGUGCCUCGCUCCCCCCCUCAGCCCCGAGUACCGGCCCGGCCUGGACGCCGUGGAGCGGCCGGACGAGUUUGGGUUCAUCUUCAACAACGUGCAGGCCCUGCUGGUCUACAACGACACCAAGUUCAUCUACUACCCCAACCCCACGUUUGAAAUGCUGAGCCCCACCGGGGUGCUGGAGCAGAAGCCGGGCUCCCCCAUCAUCCUGAAGGGCAGAAACCUGUGCCCGCCUGCCCCGGGAGGAGCCAAGCUCAACUACACCGUGCUGAUCGGGGAAACCCCCUGUGCUGUCACUGUCUCCGAGACCCAGCUGCUGUGUGAGCCCCCAAACCUCACUGGACAGCACAAAGUCAUGGUGCGUGUUGGUGGAGUCAUCUUCUCCCCUGGCUCGGUGAGCAUCAUCUCAGACAGCCUCCUGACCCUGCCGGCCAUCGUCAGCAUCGCGGCCGGGGGCAGCCUGCUCCUCAUCAUCGUCAUCAUCGUCCUCAUCGCCUACAAGCGCAAGUCCCGCGAGAACGACCUCACCCUCAAGAGGCUGCAGAUGCAGAUGGACAACCUGGAGUCCCGGGUGGCCCUGGAGUGCAAGGAGGCUUUUGCAGAGCUGCAGACGGACAUCAAUGAGUUGACCAGUGACCUGGAUCGCUCUGGGAUCCCCUACCUGGACUAUCGCACUUAUGCCAUGAGAGUCCUUUUCCCUGGCAUCGAGGACCACCCUGUCCUGCGGGAGCUGGAGGUCCAAGGGAACGGGCAGCAGAGCGUGGAGAAGGCCUUGAAGCUCUUUGCUCAGCUGAUCAACAACAAAGUCUUCCUGCUGACCUUCAUCCGGACGCUGGAGCUGCAGCGCAGCUUCUCCAUGCGCGACCGCGGCAACGUGGCCUCGCUCAUCAUGACGGGGCUGCAGGGCAAGCUGGAGUACGCCACGGACGUGCUGAAGCAGCUGCUCUCCGACCUCAUCGAGAAGAACCUGGAAAACAAGAACCAUCCCAAGCUGCUCCUGCGCAGGACCGAGUCGGUGGCUGAGAAGAUGCUGACAAACUGGUUUGCCUUCCUCCUCCACAAGUUCCUCAAGGAAUGUGCUGGAGAGCCACUCUUCAUGCUCUACUGUGCCAUCAAGCAGCAGAUGGAGAAAGGCCCCAUUGAUGCCAUCACAGGAGAAGCCCGUUACUCCCUCAGCGAGGACAAGCUCAUCCGGCAGCAGAUCGAGUACAAGACUCUGAUCCUAAACUGUGUGAACCCAGAUAAUGAGAACAGUCCAGAGAUCCCCGUGAAGGUGCUGAACUGUGACACCAUCACCCAAGUCAAGGAGAAGAUCCUCGAUGCCGUGUACAAAAACGUCCCGUAUUCCCAAAGACCAAGGGCUGUGGACAUGGAUUUGGAGUGGCGGCAGGGCCGGAUCGCCCGCGUGGUCCUGCAGGAUGAAGACAUCACCACCAAGAUCGAGGGAGAUUGGAAGCGCCUGAACACCUUGAUGCACUAUCAGGUGUCCGACCGCUCAGUCGUGGCUCUCGUUCCCAAGCAAACCUCCUCCUACAAUAUUCCUGCCUCUGCCAGUAUAUCCCGGACAUCUAUCAGCAGAUAUGACUCCACCUUCCGCUACACCGGCAGCCCCGACAGCCUGCGCUCCCGGGCCCCCAUGAUCACCCCCGACCUGGAGAGCGGGGUCAAGGUCUGGCACCUGGUCAAAAACCACGACCAUGGAGACCAGAAGGAGGGAGACCGGGGCAGUAAGAUGGUGUCUGAGAUCUACCUGACCAGGCUGUUGGCCACAAAGGGAACGCUGCAGAAGUUCGUGGACGACUUGUUCGAGACGCUGUUCAGCACCGUGCACCGCGGCAGCGCGCUCCCGCUCGCCAUCAAGUACAUGUUCGAUUUCCUGGAUGAGCAGGCGGACAAGCACGGCAUCCACGACACGGAUGUGAGGCACACGUGGAAGAGCAAUUGCCUCCCGCUCCGAUUCUGGGUGAACGUAAUCAAAAACCCCCAGUUCGUGUUCGACAUCCACAAGGGCAGCAUCACGGACGCCUGCCUCUCCGUCGUGGCUCAGACCUUCAUGGAUUCCUGCUCCACCUCGGAGCACCGCCUGGGCAAGGACUCCCCCUCCAACAAGCUGCUGUACGCCAAGGACAUCCCCAGCUACAAGAGCUGGGUGGAGAGGUAUUACGCCGACAUCGCCAAGCUCCCCGCCAUCAGCGACCAGGACAUGAACGCCUACCUCGCCGAGCAGUCGCGCCUGCACGCCGUGGAGUUCAACAUGCUGAGUGCCCUCAACGAGAUCUACUCCUAUGUCAGCAAGUACAGCGAAGAGCUCAUCGGGGCUCUGGAGCAGGAUGAACAGGCACGUAGGCAGCGGCUGGCUUACAAAGUAGAGCAACUUAUUGGGGCCAUGUCUAUUGAGAGCUGAAGAAAGGUCGUGGUGCUCAAGGCCGGCAAAGGGCAGAGGAUCACAUGGACUCUCGGGAAUUCAGAGGGAGAACAAGCAAGGAAGGCACUGAACACAAAUACCAAGGCUCUUCUGGAGCAAACAGAGACUGGCCCAAGGACUGACUGCGCUCAAAAAUCAUGUAGGAACCGGUUUGAAAGGCGGGAAGAGAAGAAGAUAAAACAUCUCAAUCCAAGUCCGAUCAAGGUGGAUCAUUUUUUUGAGCAUACACGGAAAGAAGGAACCUGGAAAGUCUGGAUGUCUCCAUGACUGCUGCUUUGCAUGAAAAUCGUUUGAUGUAUAUUAGAAAAUAAAACUUUAUUUAAAGGCUUUUUUUUUUUUUUUUUUAAGAAAAGGAAGAAAAAGUACAAAAAAAAAGAAAAAAUAGAGCAAAAACCACAGAGGCCAUAGAGAUAAUCCUGGCAACAAGGAUCAGCUCUGAAUCCUGUCCUCGAGAGCCUCCUGAGGACGCGGCUCAGACAUUCUGCGAACGGACUCUCACACCAGUUGGAACGUCUGGAAAACCGAAAUCGUCUUCUUUUUGGGAUCUUAUAAAACAACAUGAGCACAAGUUUGCACCACACCUUUCUACACAAAGUGAAAUAGCAGUUUAGCCCCAAAAUAGUUCAGUGGCUGAGUAACUUGUAGGCACUAGAAGGAACUUUACCUGAAUUGCAAAACCAUCAGAUCGUCCGACCUGUCCUGAAAUCCAGCUUUAUCAAUGUAUUUAUAUAGUGUCAAUAUAUAUAUUUUUUUUAAAUCCCAUUUGCUGUUGAAGGAGGAAAGAUCGGAAUUUAAAUGCUUUUUUUCCCAUUUCUACCCCCAUUCCACCUCGCAGUGGCUGCAGUGAUCCAGCAGUGAUGGGCUCAGCGCCUGGCAUGGCUGUGUGAUCCAGCAGUGAUCUGGCAGUGUCCAGCAUGGUUGGGAUGAUCCAGCAGUGAUCCACUCAGUGCCUGGCAAGACUGUGAUGAUCCAGCAGUGAUCUGGCAGUGCCCAGCAUGGCUGAGGUGAUCCAGCAGUGACCCAUCCAGUAUCCCAUUGCUGGUCCCACGUGAGCCCAGCCGGCCUCCGGCCCUCGCCCCCCCGGGCAGAGCUGGGAUGACGCCUCCAGGGUUGAUUUUGGGGGGUUUCUUGCAGCCAUCUCCCAUUUCUUGCAGUAAAACCCGACAAAGCCCCGAUGUUUACAGUGGGUGAUACUUGAAAAGCCUGGACAUCACAAGAGGAGACAUUUGUUGCUCUUCUGUUUGCCGUGCAGAGCCAGUUGGCACAGGCUCCCUUUGGGUUUCUCUUCCACGCUGCCCAGGGUCAGGACUUGUAUUUCCACUGGAAAGGGGAAAGAAAUCUCUGCUCUAGGCAAGGGCAAACCUUAACCAGCACCCCCAGGCCAGCCAGUGCUGCUGUCGUGUCUCUGUCUCGGCGUCUCAUUGUUCUCUUCAGUCCCUUGCUGGCCCCCCCAGCACGUGUUCUUGUGGCCAGUGACAGGCAAAUGUUUGUGAGUGUUAUUACUUUCAAAGACACCAAAGCUUAUGUGUGUCCCUUUGUAGAGUGCCAGGAGGGGAAGGAACGCUGUAAAUAUUUCUCUCUGUAGUAAAUACUGAUAUGUGUGCAGGCUGCAGCGGGGAGGGCAGGGUGAUGAGGUCUAAUGGAAAUACAAGUAUUGACUGCAUGGGUUUGGCAGUGGCACCAAAAUAGCUCCUGGCAUCUGCUCAGCCUGCCUGGGCAGGGCCACACCAGACUGGGAGAUUAGUUUGCAGCCAGCGUGUGUCGAAGGAAAAUCCAUUUUCAUAUCCAUCCUCCUCCUCUACUGUUCCUGCCUAGAGGAGCCCAGCAGGGUCACCAUGGGCUCCCUGGGCACCAGAGAGCUGCUGCUUUUGGUCUCUUGCAGUUCAGCAACAGGAGAGGGGAGAAAAGCAUGCAGAGAAAUACUCAGGAAACCUGUUGGUUUAAUUACCGUUCAGUAAAAGCCAUGCCAAGCCCGCUUUCUUUUGGCAAUCCACUCCUGUGAGUUUCUCUGGGCCCUGUUAAUAUUCUGGAAGAAAAUACUGAUGACAGUGAUCGACCUUGUGCAAUAAGUUCUUGACAUUUACAACGGCCUGAGCACUGGAUUUACUGAGACACGGACAGAGUGUCAGAAACAGAGACUGCCAGGCAGAGCAGGGUUCAUACUGCCUGUUACUGGGGAGUUCCCUUCCCAGGGAUCCUGCUCCUGCACAGUGAAUUAAUGUCAAAGGCAGAAAAUGUGCAAAUGUCUGGGUUGUCCUGUUGGGCAUCACAGAGCCCAGUGCCAGGGAUGGCAUUGGAGCAGCCACCAGCCUGGCCUGCUCUUUGCUGUGAGUCUCACAGGACAUUGCAGAGGGUCAGGCUUUGAAAUCCUGGGGGUUUUUUGCUGGUUCUGUUGCUGCUGCUCACCAGGAUCCAUCACACAGCUCAACUGAGGGAUUUCCAGGUCUGUGUUCUAGCUGUGCUGGUUGUUUUGGGUAUUCGUACUCAGAUCAUUCACCAAAUUCUCAUGGUACUCUGAAACCCAAAGAGAGCAACUCCAAAUAGUUCCCAAACAGUUUCCAAACACAGUCUGAAGAGUUAUCUCUGCAGGAUUCACAAAAUAUGAGUACUGCCCAAAGCAGAGGCCUGGCUUUGCAUCACCUGGGUCUGAGGACCGUGUGCCUGCCCCACAGCCAAGCCAGCCUUCGUGGUCCUCUUCUCUACAUCUCUUUGAGAGGCUUUUGCAUAGCCAUUUUAAGCUUGUUUUCCUCCUCCUGCUCUCUACCUUCUGGCCAGGAGCACCCCACAAGCCAAGGUUUUGUCAUUCCCCACUCCCCUGUAUUUUCUCAGCAGAGGUGGAGGCCCCCAAACAUCCCCUGGAUUCUCUGGGAGAGCACUAAGGAGAGAAGGGGACAACUGAGUUGAUCUUCCUUGCUAUGGGGAAAAUUUGAGCAGAGGAGAAAAGAGUGAGCAGCAGGAGCACUUUGCAAACCAGUAAGUUCUUGUACUUUUGACUGACUUCUGAAGGAAGCAGAAAAAACAUCUCCACUUCCAUCAUCUGGAAAAGCAUUAGGAGGACAGCAGAGGGAACAUCACGGUGCUGGCUGGAAGGGUGGCCUAGAAAUAACCUGCCAAGUAUCUACUCGUGGUGGUUGGCAUUAAUUAUGGAUCUUUACAGGCAAUUAUAUGGAAUGAAGCAACAUAUCCCCUUGGGGCAAAGCACUUGUAAUCUAUUGCCCUGUUUGCAUCCGUCAUUUCCAUUACUCCUUUGGGAAGAGGAAGCUUCAGAUCUCAAAAUAGCAUUUUCUUUGCACUUGCAGCAAGCCGGGCUCGAGGUUUGGUCAGGAGGGGGCAGUUGCCUUAGAUGAAACGAUUUCACAUCCCUCUCGUUGCCCCCUUCCUCUUGCAAGGUCGGUUGGUGUUCAGAGUCUCCAGUUCACCUCGUUUCAGGUAUUCCGACAUCAAAGUGGGAGACGUCAUUUUUUCCGGAAUCUCUCUGCCUGGUGUCGCCGCUUAAAUAAUUCCAUUUAAUCUUCUGCUCAUGAGCUAUCAAAGCACCCACUCCGAGGGGGAGCGAGGUGCUAAUCAAACGCUUCUCCACCUUGAAAGCCUUUAUUAAAAACCCCACAUACAGGAGUGCAACUUAUAGGCGAGCUUGUCUCGGCGCGAGCCCCGCUGUGGAGCGCUGCAGCCCACUGGAGCACAGAGGAUGUGGACAUCAAGUGGUCCACACUUUGCCAUAAAGGAUGAAUUUAUGUGUAAAGGGAGGCAGGAGGGAUCAGCACGGCCAGAGCGCUGGAAACCCUGUGAGAUCCAGCAUGGACCAGCCUGCAGCUGCGUGAGGACCCACCCCGGGGACCAGCGCUGAGAAACAAAACUGCUGCCACGGCCUCGCUGCUGGUGGGGAGAAUCCCAGCAGGAUCCCAUGUGUUUAUCCCUGAAGGAGGCUGGAUGUGGCUGUGCUGGACAUGAUGCCUUCCUGCAGGUCUCGGUGCUGUGACGCUCUGAGGAUGGUGAGUGCAGCCACCUGACGUGGUGGCAACAGAGACCUUCAUCACAGCAGUGCCUUCAACACACUGUCUUAAAAUCCUGAUGGCCCGUCCCCACGUAAGUUCUCUCUCCUGCCUUCAACUGGACUUCACCAAAAAUGUCAUAAUGUAGGAAACAACUUGGGUGGGCACGUGGAGGACGAAAGCAAGAGCACUUAAAGCUCUGGGGCUGCUUUGUGAACGAUGCUGACUCCCAGCCCCUCAGGGCGAGUAGUUUAAGCCUGUGUGGAAAGGGGUGGGAGCACUCCCCUCCUCCAGUGGGCACAAGCAGCCUGUGGGUAUGAGUAACACUGACCUGCCUGCUGCCCUCACCCAGCUUGGCAAAGGGCAGAGCAGCUCCCUGUGAUGCUCCUGUGCCUCGAGCCCAGUCCCUGGCAGCAGCCCAGGCACGUUCUUGCCUGUCACUGGCUCUUCUCCAUCCAGUUUCCUGUGCUGUCAGAGCUCACCUGUCAUGGGGACUCAGCUGGCCCAACUAAAUGGAACUAAAAUAGACUGACUUGAAAAAGCUGGGCCAUCAGGGAGAGCUCACGUGUGACUGUACCCUGGAGAGAAGAAAAAAUGUUCAGAGAAGGGUAAAUAACUGGCAUCAAAGAUGCAUUAAAAUGCCACAGAGCUUCAGCCAUUGUAUUUCAGAGUCACAUUUGUACCAUAAAUCGCAAGCCAGUGGUGCAGGGAGCUGUGACAUUGUACAUAAGUUGUGUGUGAGGUGGAGCUCGGAGCACAGUCCCAUCUGUCCCGAAUGUGUCUUUGGUGAAAACACCCACAACCACCCCAGCCUUCACCCAGCACCACUGAGAGCAGCGGGGCAGAGGCUGCAGGCAGAGCACUGCUGACAGCUCUGAGGCCACCUGACACCUGCGUGGGCAGGAGGGCUUGGUUUUAUUGACGAGACAUUCGGUGGGGAAAUAACUGGAGUGGAAGAUGCCCCGUGUGCGCUGUGAAGGUGCCGUUUGGGCUCUGCUGAGCUGAGCAACCCUCUGUGUGCAGUGUCAGGGGAGGUUGGUUGGAUCAGUUUUGCAGGGGAGGAGGACGGGAGCCUUCAAACUGAUUUUGGUUGUGCAAAGCCUCUGUUCUCCAUGAAAUCCCCUGGCUUCAGGUAGUGCUCCAUGGGCGUGGCACAGGGGCCGGAGUCCCAGCUGCGGGUGGUACCUGGUGCCUUCCUGGCUCCUGGAAGAAAACUGAGGUGCAUGUCCUGCACCCCAGGGUGCUCUGGGUGCUGGGGCCAUGCCAGGGUGGGAGGUGGGGAGGUGAAGGAGCGGGGCAGUGUGGGAUGGCAGAGCCCAACUGCUCCCUUGCUGGAAAAGCCACUCCAGUCCCAUCUGGGCGUCUGUGCCCACGUUGCUGGGGUGGCACCGGGAGCAGCUCAACUGAAGGUGUUCUGGCUGUGCUGUGAGCACAGUGGUGUCUGUGUGCUUGUUCUUUCAGAUCCCCCUUUGCCCCCGUGUUACCCAUUCCUCUCCUUUCUUUGUAAAAGUGGAAUAUAAUCCCCAAAAAAAAAAAAACAAAUAGACGUUCCUGUAGCGCCGAAGAACACGCUCAAAAAGACCUGCAGGGUCCAUCCAACUGCAUGGACAAUAUCCCAAACUCUCUGGGCCUCCUGAGGCUGCCAAAUCAAACACGAGAUCUCCUGUAUGGCCUUUCCUUUGAGAUUUUUUUUUUUUUUUAAUACCUCUAUUUCGAAUAAGCUUGGAAGUUUAUGCAACAGCUUCUCCAUCCGGUGUUUCCAUCCCAUGGACACAAAGGUGCACCUGGAACAGGAGGCUUUGGAAGGUAAAUGAGCUGAUUUUGCCACGUUAUUUCAUGGCUUCAGAAGAUAAUGCAGUAAAAUGUCCUUCUCUUACUGAUGAGUGUUUUGGUGUUAAUGGCACCUUGGGGGCUGUUACGGUGGGAAGCAGGAAGGGGAAGGGAAUGUACAGGUACUAAAGCUUCUGGAGUCCCCAAAACCAUCACAGAAUGUAGAGGUAUCAGCCAUGGAACAGAUUCUGAUUUCUUCUGCCCCCUUCCCCUCUUUAAAACCAACACAGUUUUAGGGGAUUUGUGUAUUGGCAGGAGUAAGGAACUGGUUUGGAUCCGUACCCAUUCCACCGUAUCGUUCUCUGGCUCCUCCCCUCCCCAUUAUACUUGACACACUGGAGUUCUGUAUUAUAUUUUUUUUUUAAGAUGAUUGUCUGUUUUUUGUUGUUUUUACAAGUGUUGUGGAAAAAAAAAUGUAAGAAAGUUUAAGUAUUUAAAAAUGUUCCAAGGAGAAAAAAAAAAAGGGGGUUUUGUUAUUAUUCUAAUAUAUUAUUGUGUACCUAUUGUAAAUAUGAAACACUCCUAUUUUGCAAGCCAAGGACUCACUUUGUACUGUUGUUAUAUAUAAAUAAAGUUUACUGGUUAAAAAAGCC